AACCACAUGCUGCAGCAGACACAACAAAACGGGAAGAAAAUGUGUCUGAUCAGCAGACAGUAGUUUAGUAUUGAUCGAAAUGAAAUGUUUAGUAGUUUAGUUCAUCUGUUUAGUGAACUAGGGGACAGAAUGCCUCGUCUAUGGCAGGAUUUCAACCUGACAAAUGUGUUUUCUUUUGCAAACCUUGUGGGCCUGAGUGUGUUCGUAGUUGUGUUCUGUGUGUUGCAGAGGUACCAAAGGCAAAAACAAUACUCGAACAUUCCUCCGGGUCCAAAACCGUGGCCCAUCGUGGGCAACUUCGGGGGCUUCCUUGUGCCCUCGUUCAUUUUGAGGCGAUUUGUGAAGAAUCGCGAGGAGUUGCCAAAAACGGCGUCUAAUCCGCUAUCGCCGCAAACUGGACUAACGGAGUUGUCUAAAAUAUAUGGCGACAUAUUCAGUAUUUUUGUUGGACCUCAGCUAAUGGUCGUGCUGACGGGAUAUGACGUUGUCCGGGACGCGCUGUCAAACCACGCGGAGGUCUUCUCCGAUAGACCAGAGAUCUCUCUCAUAACUAUUAUAACUAAGAGGAAAGGGAUUGUGUUUGCACCCUAUGGAUCCAUGUGGCGGACAAAUCGUAAAUUCUGUCACAGCACUCUCCGCAACUUUGGGUUCGGCAAACUGAGUCUGGAGCCGUGCAUACAUGACGGUGUGAGCAUGAUCAAAACAGAACUACGAAGCCUAAGUGAGUCAGCAGGGACUUCUGGUGUCGAUCUGACUCCUCUGGUCAGCAGUGCCGUGUCCAACGUCAUCUCAUCCAUGAGUCUGGGUCAGCGUUUCCAUCACCAGGACGAAGAAUUCCGGACCAUGCGGGAACUCAUGGCUCACGGGCUGGAAAUAAGCGUCAGCACUUCCAUUUUGCUGGUCAACAUCUUUCCCUGGCUCUACUACCUGCCCUACGGCAUUUACAGGGAGCUGCGGCGCGUGGUGGUCGACAUCACAGCCUUCCUGAAGAAGAUCAUAGCGAGGCACAGCGCCACGCUGGAUCCGGACAACCCUCGAGAUUUAAUAGAUAUGUAUUUGGUUGAGAUGCUGGCCCAAAAGGGCGACGUUUUGGACGAAUGCAAAUUCUCUGAGGACGAUCUCUUCUACAUCAUCGGGGACCUUUUCAUUGCGGGGACUGAUACUACCACGAAUAGUGUGCUGUGGAGUAUACUCUAUAUGUGCUUGUAUCCUGACGUACAAGAGAAAGUUCAGAAGGAGAUUGAUGCAGUAGUGGGUCGUGACAGAGUCCUGUCUCAGACUGAUAAGGGAAGUUUGCCGUACACAGAAGCCACCAUAAUGGAGGUACAGAGAUUGGCUGUAGUUGUUCCUCUGGCGAUACCUCACAUGGCCUCAGAAACCACAGAGUUCAGAGGCUACACUAUUCCUAAAGGCACAGUUAUCAUCCCAAACCUGUGGUCAGUACACAGAGAUCCCAGCGUGUGGGAAAAUCCUGAUGAUUUUAAUCCAGCGCGAUUUCUGGAUGAAGAAGGAAAUCUUCUCAGGAAGGAAUGCUUUAUUCCAUUUGGUAUAGGUCGUAGGGUGUGCAUGGGAGAGCAGUUGGCUAAAAUGGAAAUAUUUCUGAUGUUCACCAGCUUGAUGCAGGCCUUCACAUUCAGACUUCCAGAGGGGAAACCUCCUCCGCCCAUGCACGGGCGAUUUGGUCUCACCCUGGCUCCAUGCCCGUAUACAGUGUGCGUGACAGCACGCUGACCAGGCUUUAAGAGCCCUGACAUCCAAUUUCUGGAGACACUUGUCUUAUGGACCAAUAAAUGAUGAAGAGAUUUAUAGUAUUUAAUUGUAUAAUGAAGCAAAAAGUUUAUCGUUUUUUAUGAGAAAGUUUGUAUCAUAAAAUUGGUCAUAUUUCAGAUUGAAAACGAACAAUUAAAAACAAUAAGGUCAUACAGCAGUAUUACAGCAGCACAUUUCAGUUUUACUAUUUAAUGUAGUUUUAAAAUGUACUUUUUCUCUUCCACAUUUUCUUAUUUUGUAAUUUGGGUUUCUGCAGCAAUUUUAAAAUAUAAUUACAUAUUAUGGCAUUUGUGUAUAGUAAAAAAAUGUUAAUUUGA